UUUUUAUUAUCCACUUCAUUUAUUGCGCAAUUCUUAUCCAUUUUUCCUUUUUUCUGUUUUCCAAACGAUAUUGAAAUGGUGCAUUAAAUUAUUUUCGUUGAUGUAUAUUUCUAAAAGUUGUCGAUUUUACCCAAAAUAACAUGGUGGAUAUUUCUUGAGAUAAAAUUGAUUUUAUGCCCAUUGCUUAAGAAUUCAUAGCACCUUCAUUUGCAUAUGUAGUAAAUACAUAUUGUCUACGGUAUAACGAAAUGGAGAAGUAUAAAAAAAAUGUGGUUUUAGAGAUACCAAAUUUAGCGAUCUAUGUACCAAACUUUAUAACUGAAGAGGAGGAAUUAGAAAUAAUGAAAUAUGUUAAUAAUGCUCCAUUACCAAAAUGGAACCAGUUAAGUCAUCGUAGGUUACAAAAUUGGGGUGGUAUUCCACACCCCAAAGGUAUGAUAGCUGAAGACAUACCAAGUUGGCUUCAAAAGUAUAUUAACAAAGUAAUAUCCUGUAAUAUUUUUGAAACAAGUAAAUUACCUAAUCAUGUCCUGAUUAAUGAGUAUUUACCUGGUCAAGGAAUAAUGGCACACUCAGAUGGCCCACUGUUCCAUCCUAUUGUAACAACCAUUAGUUGUGGAUCUCACAUUCUCCUUGAUUUUUAUGAACAACCAGAAAACUCAGAGAUACAACAACGUAAUUUGGAAUUCAGUCUCCUACUGGAACGUAGAAGCCUGUUAAUUCUUCAAGGAGAUUUAUACCAUCAUUACUUGCACUCAAUUGCAGAAAGGAACACAGAUGUUAUUUCAAAGUCUUUCAUAAAGAAUUUAGAUUUAUGUAGCAAUCAGUUAUCAGAGAGACAAAUAUUAAAACGAGACACUAGGCUGUCAUUAACAAUCAGACAUGUUCCUAAAACUACUAAAUUGAAAUUAAAAAUUGGGUAAUGUGAUUAAUUGUUCAAUUAAGAAUAUAGAUAUGUAUUUUUUAUUUGUAUAAUAUUUACUGUCAAUCCGUUUUUGUUUUUUAACACUGUAUAAAAUACUUUGGUGGAUAAUGAAAGUUGAUUGGUUUUGUACAAAUGAAACAGUUAUGUGAAGAAAAUAAUAUAAAUUUAUGCACAUAAUAUAUUUCCAUGUCAUGAAGUUUCAGAUUUACAAGGCAUGGAAGUAUCAUUGUCCUCAUAGUUCUCUAGACUCACAUCCAUUAUUUCUUCAUCGCAUUCAUCCAACAUUCCUUGUAAAGAAUGUAUAGAAGAUAUUAGUACAUGAAAUUGUUUGCGCCUCAUUUCCAAUUUGUGUUCUAAUUGUUCAGAUUUCUCCUACAGAUUAAAUGAAGUAUUAAUUUUUUUGAUUUUAUUAAGAGAAAAUUUGUCAUACCUUCAGUUUGCCUAAUUCUUCGCGUAGGGUUGCAAGCUUUAAAUUUGUUUCCACUCUAUCUGGUUGCUCAUUUAUAACUUUUGCUAACACAUCAUACUCGAUUCUAUUCUUUCUUACACGUUUUGCUUCCUGUAGUUCAGCCUUUGUUUUCUCUAUAUCGUUCUUGGCUUCUUCUAUUUGAAUUUCUAUCUCUUUUGAUAAUUUCUCGUAUCUCUUUAAUUCAUCUUGACUCAUAUUUGAGACCAAUCUAGACUUUCUUUGUGCAAAUUCACACUGGGCAAGUUGUGAUAACAUUCUUUCAUGCAACGUGUUGUCUACAUCAGGAUUGUUUACCCAUUUUAUGAAUGAUUUCAAUAACAUAUUUAUCCUACGAUCAUCCCCGGUUCCAUCUCCAUCGAUGAGUAAUCUUCGACGAAUUACUUCCUCUAAAAAAAACAUAAUAUAUUACUUCUGUUCUAAAACAUCAAAAUAGGUUAUAUUUCUCAACUCACCGUCAGACAUUUUAUAAAAAUAUAAAUUCAACGAUGCAAUAUCACAAUAUUUAUUGCAAUACAAUGUGUUAUUUGUUUACCAUUGAUAUAUACACUGACAAUUAUCGAAACCUAUGUAUUUAUACAUAAAUAAUCCGAGCAUAUUUUUUCGAAGAGAAGGGAUGCACUUGUUUCAAAGAAAUUUGAUACUUAUUAUUUCUGUUAUAUCGAUAAAUUAAAAAACAGGUCAUUUGCAGAUUACUUAAGGAUACAAAUUAUGU